AUGGUUGGAGAUCUGGAGAUACUGAGGCAAAGCUUUGAUGAGCUACAUUUGCAAAAAGAUAUAGCGGUGUGGAUUGCCUUGUUAUCUGCGUACGUACGGCGUGGCUGUCUCGAUGAAGCUAAGAAUACUUUCACUCAAAUGCCUGAAAGGAGUUCAAUCUGCUGGGCGAUGAUGAUCACUGCGUGUGCCCAAAACAGGCAUUUGGAAGAUGCAUUCUCGCUGUUCUUAGAAGUUCCGGAGAAUAUCUUGUGUGUUUGGAAUGCAAUGCUUGUGGCAUAUGCUCAGAUGAGUUCGAUAUUUCGUUUGGAGCAGUUCUUUCAGGAUAUGCCCGAGCGAAGUGUAGUUUCAUGGGGCGUGAUGAUAGCCAAGUUUUCUCUCGCCGGUGACAUACUCGAGGCAUUCCAAGUUUUUGACCAUAUGAAGAUGGUGGAUUUGCCCGACGAGGCUUGUUUCGUGUCGCUGCUAAUCGCGUGUAGCCACGAAGGUGAAGUCUAUCGAGGGAGAAGUUUGUUCGCGUCUAUGGUGGAAGAUUAUGGAAUCACACCCACGAGACAGCACUACUGCUGCAUGGUUGAUUUGCUAGCCCGCGCCAAGCGUUUGGAGCACGCGAAAGAGCUCCUUAGUACCAUGCCAUUUGAAGAUAAAUCAUUCGGCUGGACAUCAGUUAUAAGUGCUCCAUUGUAA